AUGAGCAAGAUUGUUGAUAAAGUCCUAGAUCAGCACCAUAGAGAAGAGGAGAGGAAGGUUUACAGUAGUAGGGAAGGUCCUCCAGAGUCGAAUGUGAUGAAGCGUAAGAAGAAGUACGACUCAAAGUUGGAAGUUGUGAAAGCCAUCACAGACAUUAUGCUAAGUGGUGAUGUUGUUGGGGACUCCGAGCAUGCCAAAGAAGAGACUUCUAAACAGCGACUACUGUCCAGUUAUUUUGCAUUUUUGUUCUACAAAGUUGUCUUGUUGAAUAUGUACUUGAUGUUCGGUCUAUUCAGGUACUUCCAAUACCAGUACAACAAGAUGAAAUUGAGGAUCUUGAGUUUAAUUUACAAUCCAACUAGCACCCCUCAAUUGAUCAGACAGGACGUUUUGAAACUGAAUAAAAUACCGAAGAGAAUAGCUGCCAUCUUGGAGAUGAAAUCCGUUGGCGAUAUAGGAGGUGGACUCGAGGGUCUAUUGAACGAUGCUAGUGAAGUCAUUUGCUGGACAGUCUCUGCAGGUAUUAAGCAUUUGAUGCUAUACGAUUUCGAUGGUGUGUUGAAGGAUAAUGUUGACAAUUUGAUACUUGAGAUCAAUGAACACAUGAAGUUAUACUACGGUCCCGCAAAUGUCCCCAACUAUUCCGUGCACAUCCCACAUUUAAAUAAAACAUAUUACAGUAGUGAAGAGAUAAAGAACGACGAAGAUGCAAAGAAAUCAAUUGUGAUUAGCGUUUCAUUGUUGUCCAAUAGAGACGGUAGGGAGACGAUUGUCGACCUAACUAGAACCAUGAGCGAGUUGUGUGCUUCGAAAGAAAUGAAAUUGAGCGACAUCACAAUGAAACUAAUAGACACCGAAUUGACUCAUCUGGUGGGCCACGAGCCAGACCUGUUAUUGUACUUCGGUCCUAGUUUGGACCUACAAGGUUUCCCACCUUGGCAUAUCAGACUAACUGAAUUUUAUUGGGAAACCGACAAUGACCAAGUCUCGUAUCUAGUGUUCAUCAGAGGUUUACAAAAAUAUUCCAACUGUAAGAUCAACGUUGGUAAAUAA